UUUCGCACUGGUCAGCGCUUUUUAUUUGUGUUUUGCGUACUUUGUUAUAGGCACUAACUUUACACUUAUUACUUCAGUUGCACGGCGUGUGCUUUUUGAUACGAAAAAACGUAGUGCUGAUGAACUGAGCGCCAUGAAACCUGAGCACCAAAACAUCUUUUCGCAAAAGUCGGGAUCGUCCGCACAUUCCAGCACUGAGAACAAUUUGGAGAGUAUUGAUAAUUUAAUUAGGCAAGAAAAACGAGGUUCUCGACGAACAGAUACUAGUUACUUAGAUAAAGAAGUGCAAGGGCAACAUUUAAAAAUUCUUUCGGCAUAUCUAUAGAAAUUGGCAGGUAAAAUAAGAACUUGAACUUUUAGCUUUUAUAGCUCACGAGAUCCCGACGUUCAUACGGACGGACGGAUAGUGAUCCUAAUCAAGAGUAUAUGCACAUAUCUAUGUAGUACUCUGUGUGCGAAGUGUGGGGUGCCACCUAAAUAAUUUUUUUUUUACCUAAUUCAGUGUGAUUUUUGUAUUGGAGUAUCGAUAAGUAGGUAGGUACAAUAGACGCAAUGUAAACGCCUUGUAAACAGCACAUCUAUUGCGCUUUUGGGACAAGUCUCUCAAUAUUUAAUGUUUAAUAAUAUUCACGUUUAUGGUUUCUUUUUACAAUUAAGGUUUUAGUAUACUUUACUUACGAGCUCAUCGUUAAAACAGCGGCAGAUCUUUUGAACCAGAGAAAAAGUACUAGUUAUUUUGAACCGUGGAGGCGCCGGGUUGUAUGAGUAUAAGUGAGUUUGUAUGAUGUGGGCGACGCAAGCGGGGCGGAUCAUGGGGAUUUCCCGAUUUUAAUGAACGAGAUUGCAAAAGCAAAAAUAAAACAAUUGAAAGUGUGUGUGAGGUUCGCUUUAAAGUUUUAAAAUAAAUAGUUUGUGUGUUACUGAUUAGUUAAACGUGUUUUUACGAUGAGUGAUAAUAAUCAUGAUAAAAAAAAGAAAUUAUCGGGUUACCAGAAUCAAAUUAGGAAAAAGGGAGAAAAGUAUACUAGAAUUUAAAAUAGAAAUUAUGAAAUUGGAAGGUAAAGUACAGGAGAAGGACGAAAAGCUAGAGAAAAUGGGAAAAAUAUUGACUGAGUACACCGGCAAUCGCAACGAAACCGAUGAAUUUUUAUUGUUGAACUCCUCCACGGUGCCUUCAAUUAAGUUGGUGACACUACCUGAUUUCGAACCCUUUGACUCAGUUUUCGAGGAUAUCCCUUCUGCCGGUCGUGGUUGGAUGGUAAUCCAACGUAGGAUCGAUGGCAGCUUCGAUGACAUCAUAGUUUCAAAUCUAAAGACUGGCUGUGGGGAUUUGGCUGGCGAAUUUUGGAUUGGCCUUGAAAAAUUACAUAGGAUGACGACAAAUCGAAGAUUGGAACUGUAUAUCAGCCUUGUCGACUUCGACAAUGUUAGUGCUUAUGCUAGAUAUGAUCAUUUUGUUAUUGGGGGCUUAGAAGAGGGAUACAAACUGCUUUCCCUCGGCAAAUACUCAGGAAAUGCUGGCGACGCUUUUCGCAGUCACAUAAACGAAACUGCAAUAGCUGAUGAUUUUACGGUUUUCAGUCGUUCCUGGAAUUUGAAAUGGUGGGGUACAGGCAACUGCAACUUAAACGGAAUAUAUAAACCAUCCAAAGUUAUGUUGAACACCGACGAUGGCAUUUGGUGGGGUAAUUGGAAUGUCGGAAAAAGAUAUUCCCUAAAAUCGUGUAAAAUGCUAAUUAGAGCAAGGCCGUGAGCCAAAAUACAAUGUUUUGUAAAAAAACAUUGCCUUAUUUAGUCCCUUCUAUCUGAAAUAAAAGGGGGAAUCGAACUUCGAUUAACAGAUGUACCAUUAACAAUUGUAAAAUACUACGUAUUGUGUCAAAAAAUUGCUAUAUAUCCUAUAAAACCUGUAUUUGCUUGUAAAAUCUUGCUUCACUUGGGAAUAUCCAUGGAUUUUGCACCAUUCAUUUUAUAGUUCUUUAGGAAGUUGGCAACUGAUAAUUUUAAUUUUACGGUCGAGGGAAAUUUACAUGAAAAUCCCACCAGAUGGCGCGGCUUGAAAAAUCCUUUAUCGUAGG